AUGCCGCAUUUGCGACUUUCUCAGGGAGCCGACUCCUGCUUUGAUGGUGAUGACUUUGUUGUGCUCUCGAAGCCCGUCAAGUCCUCACAGGAGGAACUACCUGAGGCCUUCCGGUUGUCACUCUGCAACGGCCUGGAUCUGUACGAGGUUUCGGUGGAUGAACUCCAGCACCUCUACUCCACUGGCGCAUUGUCUUCCAUUGACUAUGUGAAAUUCUGCCUGCAGAGGGUGCAAAAAGUGAACGCCUCGCACUGUCCAGGAGUUCUCUGGGGUUAUGACGCUGACGACUCUCAGACCAAUCCAUACCUCGAGUGUGUCAUCGAGACGAAUCCCGAUGCUGUCGAACAUGCACGGAUUCUCGACGAGGAGAGGAGGCAGGGCAGUGUCAGAGGCCCGCUGCAUGGUAUCCCGGUGCUUGUCAAAGAUAACAUGGCCACCGCAGACAAAAUGCAAACCACAGCAGGUUCCUGGGCCUUGCUCGGCUGUAUAGUCCCAAAGGAUGCACACAUCGUCCAUCUUCUCCGCCAAGCUGGCGCAGUCAUCCUCGGCAAGGCGAACCUGGAUGAAUGGGCUGGAAUGAGAGGGAGUAUCUAUUCGAUGGGAUACUCUGCCCGUGGUGGGCAAUGUCGGAACCCUUACAUGCUGACCCGCUCGCCAAAUGGCAGUAGCUCAGGGAGUGCCGUCAGCGUCUCGGCAAAUAUUGUCCCUCUGGCUUUUGGCACGGAGACGGACUGCAGCAUUAUCAGUCCCGGCAUGGUUAGCGGAGUCGCCGGUAUCAAGCCGACGGUCGGCCUCACAUCACGAGGAGGAGUCAUUCCCAUUUCAGAGACACAAGACUCUGUUGGCCACUAUGGGAAAUGCGUCGCAGACGUUGCCCGUGGACUGGAUGUCAUUGCAGGUCCUGACCCCGACGACAAGUUCAGUACCCAACCGGGCCGGCGACAACCAAAGAGUUACUAUGCGUGUCUCACUGACAGGUACGCGCUCAAGGGUGCAAGAUUCGGUCUGCCGAGAAAGUGUUUCUGGGAUGCCGCACCAUACCCACAGAAGUUGGUUGCCGAGAGAGUCUUGGAUCUUAUAAAGCAGGCCGGUGCCGAGAUCAUACCUGUCGAUAUGCCGUGUGCUGAGGAGAGACUCGGCAAACACGGGAUCUGGGACUGGGAACGCUACGGCGAAUCCCAUCCCGAAAUCUCCGAAAUCACGGUCAGCAAAGUCCAGACCUAUUACCUGAUGAACCGAUACCUGAGCCAACUGAAAAACACGCCCAUCAAGACGCUGGAGGACGUCGUGCGGUUCAACGACGACAACCGCGGGUCAGAGGGCGGCCAUGAAGGCGAUCUCCCGGCAUUCCCAGACGGCCAGAUACUCUUCCGCAAGUGCGUCGAGACCAAAGGAAUCAAGGACAAGACGUACUACGCCGCGCUGAAGCACAUUCAAUAUCAAUGCCGCGAGAACGGGAUUGAUGCGGCGUUGAAAUGUCCUUCGGGUAGCCGCCGUCGCCAAUCUGACGGCGAUGAAGAAGUAGAAGAAGAGCUUCUGGACGCGCUUCUAUUCUGCGAUGUGAAGGCCGGAGGCAUCCAGAUUGCCGCUCAAGCAGGCUAUCCCAUCAUGACGAUUCCUAUCGGCCUUGACCCGGAUGGCAUGCCCGUACCGCUGACACUGCAGCACACCGCCUGGCAGGAAGACAAGCUGAUUAAGUGGGCAAGUUCCAUUGAGGAUCUCCUCAACCACUAUGACGAAGAGCACUCUAUACCCCCAAGCGAUCGAUGGGGUCGGCUGGGACGUGUCCCACCUACUUUCAUGAAUCAUCUGCGCAAAAACAUCCCCACAGACAUGGACUAUCACUGGCCAGGCCGGCAUCGAAAUCAUGCCGGUUAA